UUGCCAUCACAAAUCCAACGAGAUGAAAAACAAUCAUCAUAAUCACCUUCUCCUUGGCCGGAGAUUGACAAAGGAAACCAAAAGAAAGGUUAUUUCAGACACAUUCUUCAAAUUGCCUUGGGGAAGAGAAGAGAGUGGGAGACGCCGGCAGGAAGGCGCCGGCGUGACGUUGUCACGACAUCCACCGCCGGCCGGAGGAACCCAACUCAAACAACGUUAAAGCAACAACCUGUGUACCUGCUGCUGAUCAUCUCAGAGGGGAAAGCAGCAGAAGAAGAGGAGAUUUGAGAAGAAAAAAAAGGAAAGAGCAGCUAGCUACCUGGUCUGGCUGCAGCAACAUACAUCGUCGUCUCGUUAGUUCAAAAUGCAACUCCACAUAUCUCCAAGCUUGAGGCAUGUCACAGUGCUUCAAGGGAAAGGUGUUAGAGAGCUCAUCCAAGUCAAAGUUGGAGGCAAGAAGGUUUCGUAUCGAAUGAUCUUGUACUCGCUUCUCUUCUUCACCUUCCUCCUGCGGUUCGUGUUUGUCCUCUCCACCGUCGAUUCCAUUGAUGGCGAAACCAGGUGCUCCUCUCUUGGUUGCUUGGGAAAAAGAAUAGGGCCAAGAUUACUAGGAAGAAGGAUGGACCAAUCUGUUCCUGAAGUAAUGUACAAAGUACUAGAACAACCCAUUGACAAGGAUGAACUACAAGGAAGAACAGACAUCCCUCAAACACUGGAGGAGUUCAUGGCUGAAGUCAAAGAUUCAGGAUUUGAUGCCAGAAGUUUUGCUCUCAAGCUCAGAGAAAUGGUAUCACUAAUGGAAGAAAGGACAAGAACAGCGAAAAUCCAAGAGUAUCUGUACAGGCAUGUGGCAUCAAGUAGCAUACCGAAACAGCUCCAUUGCCUAGCCUUGAGGCUGGCGAAUGAGCACUCCACGAAUGCAGCCGCCAGGCUUCAACUUCCUUCGGCUGAGCUUGUACCUGCUCUUGUUGAUAACUCUUACUACCAUUUUGUACUUGCUUCAGACAAUGUCCUUGCAGCAGCUGUGGUUGCCACAUCCAUAGUCCAUAACUCAUUGAGGCCACACAAGUUUGUGAUCCACAUCAUAACAGACAGAAAAACUUACUACCCAAUGCAAGCCUGGUUCUCCUUGCACCCUCUAACCCCUGCGAUAGUUGAGGUCAAGGCGUUGCACCAUUUCGAUUGGUUCUCGAAGGGAAAAGUUCCUGUCCUGGAGGCAAUGGAGAAAGAUCAGAAGGUGAGGUCACAGUUCAGAGGUGGGUCUUCUGCAAUCAUUGCGAAUAACACCGAUAAACCUAAGGUGAUCGCUGCCAAGCUCCAAGCUCUUAGCCCCAAGUACAACUCCAUGAUGAAUCAUAUCAGGAUUCAUCUGCCCGAGCUUUUCCCAAGCUUGAACAAGUUGGUGUUCCUAGACGAUGACAUUGUGGUACAGACCGAUCUUUCGCCACUUUGGGACAUCGAUCUGAAUGGGAAAGUGAAUGGAGCUGUGGAGACAUGCAGAGGGGAAGACAAGUAUGUAAUGUCUAAGAAGUUGAAGAACUACCUGAACUUCUCACAUCCUUUGAUAGCUCAGCAUUUCAACCCUGAAGAGUGUGCUUGGGCGUAUGGAAUGAACAUCUUCGAUCUAGAGGCUUGGAGAAAGACCAACAUCAGUAACACCUACCAUCAAUGGCUUGAACAGAACCUGAAAUCAGACCUCAGCCUGUGGCAGCUGGGAACACUACCACCAGGGCUAAUCGCAUUCCACGGCCAUGUCCAAGCCAUCGAUCCAUUCUGGCACAUGCUAGGGUUAGGGUACCAAGAGAAUACCAGUUAUGAGGAUGCUGAGAGUGCUGGUGUUAUCCAUUUCAAUGGAAGAGCAAAGCCAUGGCUAGACAUAGCUUUCCCUCAGCUCAGGCCAUUGUGGGCCAAGUACGUUGACUUCUCUGAUAAAUUCGUGAAGAGUUGUCACAUUAGAGCAGCUUAAGAACUUGACCAAAUGGAAAAGGCCAACAACAAGGAAAGAAGACGAUCUCUCUUUCUGCUUUGUAUAUGAAGGAGAAGACUACAAGUGGAUGAUGAAGAGAAGCAAACAAAGAGGUUCAUUUGGCAGUUCCAGAACAAGAAGGCCUUCACAAGUUCAGAUUGUAAUAUAAUUUCCCCUCUUUCCCCCAUACUUUUCUUUCAUUUCCUUUCUUAUGGUCUUCUCCCGAAAAUUUGUUCUUUCCUUCCUUUGUAAUUCAUGCCACUUAGGAGAUUAGUAAACAGAAAUAAGUUUUUUUGGAUUCAAGAAAGGAAAGGAAUUUAACAGAGAAUCAAUCAUACAAAAAGAGAAACUUCUUGUUAUUUCGCCACUUCUUCCUGCAGUCUGUUUAUUUUCAGUUAUCAAAUGAAGGGAAGGAAUCCAUUGAUUCGGUCCAUUCACUUUCUUCCAGUUACAUUGGAGACCAAAUCUUUGAGAAACUUGGCAGACUUGGUGAUGGGAGAAUUGAUAGCCAUCAAGUUGUACAAAACAAUCUCAACUUCACCUAUGGAAGGCCUUGCCUUGAAUUGUGAAAUAACCUUCAUCUCACCUCCUUCUUCUUCAACAAGAACACUCCACUUCUCCCCACUCACAAUUCCAUCCCUCACACACUUAAAGAUCACUCCUUUCCUCUUGCUCAAAACUCCUUGAACCUCCAGCCCCAUGAAAGAAUAGAUGACCUCAAAUGAACCCACAAAGCCACUCAGUUCUUCUCCAAAAUCGCCAUCACCCCCUCCUUCAAGUCCCCAUCUUGGGUUCAGAAUCACAACUGGGUUUGGAUACAUACCGUCUGCAACCCUUUUCACAUCCACUAGCUGGGAACUCUCUGGAGAAAGAAACACUGCCACGUCAGCACCAGAUAUUGAUCUCCUGAUGUUGUCAUAGGAAGACAUGUCGACGUGUUCAACAUUGGCUGACGAUGAUGGUAAAGCGGACAACUGGAAUGCUUCAAUUGCAGCAUCUCUGAGUGCAGGGUUGGGCCAGAGGAUCAGAGUCUUGACUGGGGAGCCUUUUCUUUUGAUGGGCAAGUCCUUGAAGAUUUCAAGAGCUAGUUGAGAGAGGGAAGGUGGGGAAUCAUCAACCACAGGGAUUUCAACUUGGAACCUUGGCUGCUUGAGCUUCUUGAUCCUGCCAACGAGUUUGGGGUUGUUGAGGGGUUUCUCUAAGGUCUUGGAGAGGCAGGUUUGGGCUUGGAGGAUUGCUUCUUCUCUGGAGGCUGGUGGGUUGGAGGAUGAAGGAAGUGAAGAGUGGACUCGAAGACAGAAAAGUUUGGAUCUUUUCUUGGGAAGAACAGAGUGGGUGAUGGAAAGAUGAUGGAGGUCAUUGUUGCGAUGGGUCAGGGUAAAUGGAAGGGACUGGCUGAGAACUGGAUGCCGGUAAAGCAGUGGAGGUGGUGAAAGCUGUGUGGGGUUGAAGAUUUGAGAAUGGAGCUUGAGAAGACUACUGUAACCCAUGGAGGAAAGUGGAUACUUUGGUGGUGGUGGAGAAAAAGAUGAUGAUGCAGAGGUACUUACAUUGAGUGUUGGUUGAGACUUGCGAGAGAAUAACUGAAGAUGAUGGUCCUGUACUGCUGGUACUGCUGCGAAAUUCGAAGGAGAUAAGAUAUGAUUCAUGAUGUAUGGCAGCUUCACAGCCGCAUAAUCAUUUCAAAUGGAGUUGCCCCACAAGCUACAAUUCUGCCUUUAGGACAUCCCAAUCCAAGAUACGUCCUCUCAGAGUUGAUUCCGAUUUCCUAAAGCAAAUCAUUCCUGUUUUAGCCAGCGAUUGUAAAAUCGUACCAGAGGAUAUUACCGAAAAUGUCAACGAUAGGAUAUUUUGUGCGAGAAGAAUGAACAUAUAGUUCAGAGAGAUGAUACGGCUAUAGAGAUCUGCUAGAGAAACUUAUUGAAAUUUACACGAGUAUACCAGCAAUAAUUCAUAGAUCAUCACUCCAGAUUGGGACAUUGCAGGGGCCACGGAGUCACCCACCAAUUCUGAGUUAGAACACUUCAUCAAAAGCUCAUACAUGACCAAGAACAAUAAGAGGAGAACGAAUUACAACUUGGGUUGCAAAAUCCAGCCCUCAGCCACCAACGAUUGCGGCAACUUAAGCCACAGGCGGUCGGAGCACAUGGUCCUGUGAGGUAUCAACCGAAGCCGGCGGCAUAAACUGCCACAUAGCAACUCCCGGAUAACCAAUGAAAGGCACCAACUUGUUGCCGGGAGCUUGUCCUUGAGCUGCAGCAAAGGCGGCAGCUGGAAUAGCAGGGGGAGCAGGCAAAAAGCUAGGUUGAGCGUGAAUGGUUUUCAUUUGCUGUUCCAGCUUCUCUUUCUCUGCUUUAAGACGCUGCUUCUCAUCACGAAGUUCAUUCUUCUCCACCUUCAAUUCUUUAAUUUUCUCUUGAAGACUUGAAUUUGAGUCCUUCAGUUUCUGUGCUUCACC